AUGCCGGGUAUGAAGCGCGCCCUACUCAUUGCGAGCCCCUUUGGAGGCCUCAGAGGCCCGCUCAAUGAUGUCGAAACUAUGGCAACCGUUUUACAACAGCAGAACUUUGAGAUAACGAGGUGCUGCGGGGAUAAUGCUACCCGUGGGGGCAUCCUCACUGCGUGGGAACGUAUCAUAAAAGUCUCUUACCCUGAAGACGUUGUCGUCAUCUACUACGCAGGCCAUGGCGGGAUUGUCGAGGACAAUACGACCAACUCAGGCAUCGAUGAAGACAACGGCCCUAGCCAACAUUCCUGGCGCUACCAGUUUCUCGUGCCAGUGGACUUUCUGCCUCCAGACUCUGACGAUCUCAAUGCGGAUUACUCUUUCAACGGUAUCCUGGACGUCGAGAUUGAACACCUUUUGCGCCUCACCACAAAUCGCACUCAGAAUGUAACCACCAUCUUCGACUGUUGUCACUCGGGUCGUAUGGCUCGUGACCCCUCUCACGUUGGCGCCGUGCCGCGCAACCUUCCAAAUGUGCAGUACGCGACCAUUUCUCGGCAGAUCAACGUUUUACGCGAGACAGCAAAGCUUCCGGUAGAUGAACCUUUACACAGCGAGGGCAACCCAUCAGCUGUGCGCAUCGCCGCUGCCAGCGCUACGGAGACGGCAUGGGAAGACGGGGACGGCGAACGGCGUGCCGGGGCUAUGACUCGAGAGUUAGCUCGGGCAUUGAAAGACGCUUGGGAAUCUGACAACGGCGGCAACCAAGUUUCGUGGCAGAAGAUCAUGAUGAGAGUAAAGGAGCAGGUCAACAUGCGUUUCCCUCAGCAGAACCCAUUUGUGGAAGGUCCUUCGAAACGGAUGCUUUUCUCCGUAGAAGAGUCUGAGACAAACGGAUUUGUUUUGACUCCUGACGGAGGCUUGGGCAUCCUCAAAGCCGGGCGAGUGUCGGGUGUCCGAGAGGGCAACGUCUAUGCGCUUAUGCCUCUGGGAUCAGAGCGCGUCACUGACGAGGGGAAGAUUGGGGAAGCAACGGUGAUAGAAGUUAACGCCCUAGAGUCGCUAGCUGAGCUGUCUCUGUUAGCUGGGAAGGCGCGUAUCCCAGCUCAAGGUGUCAUGGCCUUCUUAACGAAGGAGAGCCUACGCAAGUUACCGGUAGCUCACCCUGAAGGACCUAAAGUGCUCCUUAACUCUAUCAACGAGUCGAAGUAUCUCUGUUCCCAAAAGUCCCAACAGCAUACCGACGUCUUGGCCAAGUUCGAGCGAGACGAGCAUGGCCUUAACCUGCUCGACGAUAAGGGACGCCUGCUGUUGUCCCAGAAAGUCUCCGAUGAUGACCCUCAAACUUGGGCGAACGCAAGCAAGGCCCUUGUCAAACAGGCAGAACAGCUAGCGAGAGCAAACCACCUGCUGAACCUGAAAUGCAAGCAACAUGAGAAGCUUGAGCACGGCUUGAUUGUGACUUUUGGCACAAUGAAAGGCAGGGAACCCGACAGGAUCAUUCCUACGGACGGCAGAGGCGUGGUUAUGGAUGGCGACAAGAUUUACGUCUCGCUCAGAAAUAACGGCCACAGGACGGUACGCGCGUCUGCCUUUGACAUCAACGUGAGAGGCAAGAUUUCAGAGGUAUCCUCCUUCGAUAUUCCCGCCACACGGGCCUAUCACAUUGGCGCUGGUCGGACAAUUGAGCGCCCGAGGGGUGAUGGGCUCAAGAUGAGCUGGCCCAAAGACAUGGACAAAGACCAGCCGAUUUCAGAGAGUCUUGUUAUCAUUCUGACAGACUCAGCCGUCGAUCUUACCGUAUUAGCUAGUGAUUCUGGGGCUGAUGGUCGAGGAAGUGCUGGCGAUUCUUCUCUCGAACAGCUGAGCUUUUGCCUCGCAACCGGUGCAAAACGUGACAUGGCAUGUGAGGACAUCAGUGAGCCUCUACGCUUUGAUGUCCUGAAGAUACCCUUCGAAAUGAAGGUAGCUGGCACUGCGCAGCUUUCCAAAGGAGGGUUUGGGACAAUUCAUCAGGGUCCAGAAGAGGCGGAUUCUUGCAGUCGACUGAUACUGGCAAAGGAGCUCCCUCUUUCGGAGGAGGUCAUCGGUGCGUGCGAUCUCCCACCACGAUCGCCGUAUCUCGACCAGGCAGCGCGGGGAGGCUUUGGCGCCAUAUACCGGACCAUAAAAGGCAUUCCCCCCUGCGUGUGGGUCGUGAAUGAGCAUGAUGAAGAGAUCCACGUCGUUGUGUCCAAGUAUCGCCCUAGUCGAAUGCUUACUGACGGAGGUGCAAACGUCUCGGCUACUGGAGUGGCUCUUGACUUUAGCUGUGCUGUACGUUAA